AAAUGACACUUUCACUAUGCCAAAGUCCACGUAGUCAGACAUACAAGUGUAGUCUUCUUGGACAUUGACAUUGUUCAGCUUCAUCAUGGCUGGACACCUGCUGUUAGUCGUCCUCAUGUAUUCCUUUUCUGAGAUGAAAGCAAAAGCUCUUCUUCCACCUAAGCUGACAGUGAAUCCAGCGGUGAUCACACAGACAGAAACAGUCACACUGAACUGUCAGACUCCAUCACAUCUUAAUUUGUCUGAGUGUUAUUUUCGAAUGGUAAGAGGACAAACUGGCAAUUGCCUCCCUUGUCUGCAGACCCUGACGGGAACCGAGCUGCUGAAGAUGGCCGAUCAGAGUUCACCUGCUGAGGUUCAAGUGACGUGUUUUUACCUUCAUGUGUCUCAAUCUCCCGACAGUGAUCCAUCCUCCAUCAUCAUUCGAACUCUUCUUCCAUCUAAACUGACAGUGAAUCCAGCAGCGAUCAACGAGACCGACUCAGUCACCCUGAACUGUCAGACUCCUUCAUCUGUUUCUGUGUCUCUGUGUUAUUUCUUCACUCUAAGUGGAGGGAGUGUCAGAGGACUCUCAUGUCUGCAGACCCUGACAGGAACUGAGCUGCUGAACAUGGCCCAUCAGAGUUCACCCGCUGAGGUUCAAGUGACGUGUUUCUACACUGUAAAGGUUGGAGAGAAAAGUUAUCCAUCGCCACACAGUGACACGUCGUCCAUCACCAUACACAAAACAGAUACUAGUAUGACUCCAGAAUCUGACUUUGAAAUAACAAAAACGUGGAUUUUAACAGCAGUUGUGGCUGGUUGUGGAGUCACGGUGGGCGUCAUCUUGCUCGUUUCUGCAAUUCUCUACAUCAAAAGAACUGGUUCUGAGGAAGUAAGAAGGCAAGAGCCUCAAAACGAGAAUUUUGACACAUACCAUAUGUACUCUAUUAUUGCUGAAGAGCCAGCUGCAUCAGGCCUGAAGGGUAUGGUGUACAGCACGGUGCUAUACUAUGCUAUACUGGAUAGAGAAAGAGAGGCAGACAGCCUCAAGGACUGUAAGAAAUGUAAAUCUUGUGUUUGAAGUUGAGUGGUAUAUUCCAGACUAAUGUUGGGGGACAUCAGAUGAACCAAACUGCUGGUUAAGACUGAACCUUUUCAAUUUAGCUUUAGUUUAGGUCAAGAUUGAACAUGUAUCUAGUUUUACUCAUAUAUUAAGCAUGAGUUCAAUUUACUCCUGUUAAUAAUUUGUUUUACUUUGAUUUGUUGUGUGUUAUGUUGUUUUGUUGUUUUUGUAUCUGGAUAUAUUUCGUCUGAGACUUCUGUGACUACACAUGCAUAUAUGUAAUAAUUUUGUUUCUCAGUUUAAGUGUCAUUAAUUGGUUCAUGUCAGACACACAUACAAAUGGGAGGUUGUGUAAAUUGGAAGAGGUCCAGAUGAAUGAACAGUUUGUUUAAAUUGUCAAUGAUGAAGAGUUGAAAAGCAAGAGCUAUUGAACAAAGAGAGUGGCCCACAAUAGGUGUCCUAUUGCAUAUUUUAAUUUUUUUUUAAAUGCAUUGUGCAUACAAUGGGAGAAAAUCACAAGUUUGUUUGAAAUGUGUGUUAAGA